ACCUUUGCCCUUUCUUCAUUACAGGUCAGCCAUCACUAAUCUGGCAUAAUUGGGACCUGUAGUGUGCCGGACUAUAGAGUUUGCCGGAUUACAGAGUGGUUAGGUUAGAACAGAAUUAACCUAUCAGUAGAGACUGCUACAUCUUCCUCAUUUUCAUCACUGCUUUCUCCUCCACUGGCUUGCUACUGGGGAUUUACAACAAUCUGCACAAUUUCUGAGUCGGUAUAAUGAUGAAAGUUGAAAUUAUGCUAGCUGAAAUUAGUGCCGGAUUACUGAUGGAACCGGAUAACUAAUUGCCGGAUUAGUGAUGGCCGACAUGAACUAACAGUUUCCAUUUAAAUAUGAUUUCAACUCUACUGGAACAACGUGUGAAAUCAAUCCUGUGAUAAUACCUAACAUGCCUAUCUGCCAGAUGGGUGUAGGGCUCCGGGAAACUCAAGAAGUACUUACUGGUACCUUUGAUUAUCCAGAUACAGAGAGUAUAUGGGGCAGACUAUUUUCUGUAAGGGAGAAUGUGUCCAUAUGCAACUUAAUCAACAAUUCGUAUACAUUUGGUAGAGGCGAUGCUGAUUAUCGCUUCAGCAAAGAUCAUUUUGACAGCACUUUCCUUUCUGCCAUCUCUAAAGUACACUUCAAAGUAUCUCGAGAAUGUAAAUCAAAUUCAGAGGUGGUGGUGGUGCUCGAGGAUCUGUCUUGCAAUGGUACCUUUGUCAACAAACAUCAAGUUGGCAAAGGUAAAAAGAUUGUGUUACAGAGCAAUGAUGAGAUUUCUCUGGCACACGCUAAUAAAAAAGUAUUUGUUUUUCAUGAUUGCCUACAAAAUGAUGCUCAAAACUAUCCUGAAGAACUAACUAAGAAGUAUACCAUGACGAAGAAACUUGGAGAGGGAAAUUUUGGUGAAGUGAGAUUAGCUUAUAAACAGGGUUCAUUAGAGAGAUAUGCAGUCAAAAUUCUCAAGAAGAAAUGUAGUCAGUUGCUUCUGAAUAACAUAAAACAGAUCAACAAUGAGAUAAAGCUCCUACAGUCUGUUGAUCAUCCAUGUAUCAUCAGCCUGAAAGAUGUUAUAGACACACCAGAGAAGAUUUAUAUUAUCAUGGAACUGGCAGAGGGAGGAGAAUUAUUUGACCGACUAGCAUCGAAUGGGCGUCUGCCUGAAGCUACUGCUAAAUUCUACUUCUUUCAGCUCUCUCAUGCUGUUAAGUAUCUCCAUACGAGAAACAUCACUCAUAGAGAUAUUAAGCCAGAAAAUAUUCUCCUUGCUACUGAUGAAGCCUACACUCGUAUUAAAUUGACUGACUUCGGAUUAUCCAAGCUUGCUGCUGAUGCUUCACAGAUGACUACUUUUUGUGGCACACCAACAUACAUUGCCCCAGAAUUAUUACAGUUUGGGGGGCUUUCCUACAACAAUAAGGUUGACUUGUGGAGUCUGGGGGUUGUGUUGUUUGUAAG